AAUUUUCAACUGAAUUGAUUGAAUUUUUGGAUUUUAAAUUGAUAAAAACAUACAUCAGAUUUUUUUUAUUCAUCUGGAGGCUGGAGCUGCUUGAAACGAUCCACUCGAUUUUGAAGAACCAACAGAACAAUCCGAGUAAUAAACAAUAAUUUAAACCAGUGAUCAUCACAUCUUUCAUCACGAGAUGAAAGUACAGAAAAGGGUAAUCAUGUGUAUUUCUGCAAACGUCGUGUUACUUACCCUAAACUAAUAUUAACAAUGAACGAAAAAAAAAAAGAAACAAAAAAUUGUAUCAUAAUAAAUUCACUGUAAUAUUUAUUUACUCGAAUUAUAUACAUUGCUUAAAACUUGAAUAAACACGACAUUUCGAAUUUGGCAUUGAAGGGAGAAAACAAAAUAGUCGUUUCGCUGUUGUUUUUAUUUUUUAGUUUUCACUACCGUCGAGUCAUUUUCGUCAUUAACUGUUCAUUAAGUAUUUGUUAAAUCCUCGUGGUAUGGAGAGGAUUGAUUGGAGUGAACCGGAUGCCGUUGGAGUGAAUGUCAGAGCAUCACAAUGCGUAAAUCCUGUCCCAGAGUCUUUGAAGGAAGUCACUGAAUUAAUGGUCUCUGUGAACAGAUGUUUGGAGGAUUGUGCUGUUGGAUGGCAGGCAAUAUUAUCCAAGAAACAGUGGAGAAUUUUAGACUCACAAUCUAAAUUCCAAUCGUGGGAACACUCUCUGUUGGCGAGAACAUAUUUAGCUGACAGAAUUCUUGAUGAGGAGUUUAAAAAAUUGAGACUCGCUGCGAACAAAUUGCUAAAGGAUUUCAACGAUUUCAUUGGUCUGUUGAAGGGAAAAAAUUCAAAUGGAGCUGAAUGUAUGGGAAAUCAAGAGGUGAAUUGUCCUCUGAGUGUGAGGACGAAUCCCAUUGUCUCGCCACUCGAUCUUUCACUUCUCGAUGAUGAUAAAUCAUCAGAGGAGAAGGCUCCCAAGAGACGGAGCAAGAGGUUGGCUGAAACUUCUAGGAAUACGGUGCAACAGUCUUUCGCUGAUCUCAUAAAAGCUAAAAUUGAUCUUGACACGAAAUUUCUGGGGUUUGAGGCGGUACUCAAUGGCACUGGAACCUCUCCUGCUCCAACAUCUGAAGGGACCAAGUGUCUCUGCCAAAUUUGUUCGAGUGUUCUGGGUAGUGUAAUUGAUAACGACGAAAUCCUGAGAGAAGCUGUGACAAAACCAAAAAUUCGAAGAAUGUCUCGAGUAAAGAGCAAAAGACUGAUGAAAUCUCAAAAAAUUUGGAAGCGAAACACUGGGAAAAUCGCGAAUGAGUCCAACCGAUGAAUUCUGAACAAUAAAUUUCCGAUGGUAAAAUAAUUAAAACAGGUGGAAAAUCGAGAGAAAAAAAAAACCCAAGUGAAAGGUAAAAAACAGAGAAGACACGCGUUUGGAAGUAAUUUAUAAACAUUCUUCGUUGAAUCAAUCGUCAAUGCACGAUCAACUUUUAUUAUUGUUACAAUAAAAUGUGAAAUAUAUAAUUUUUAAAAAUCUUUCUCUCAUAUUUUUACUAUUAAAACGUAAUUAAAAUUCUCAUCUGUUUAAUCGACAAUUGCGUAUGAAUAAAUAUUUCAUUGAUCGUGCCUUCAGUUUACGACUCGUUUCCCUCAAUUUCUGCCUGAUAAUAUCUGGAAGGAUUAUUUUAAUUGCUAGCCAAUCAUUGCACGCGUCAUAAUGUUGAUUACAGACUAGAAAUCAUUUCAUCACUCGUAAUAUCACAUAAUAUCAUCUAAAAAAUUAUGCAAUUAUCAUGGAUGAAUAAAUGAGGGGAGAGAGACAUUGAUAGAAAUUUAUUUUGUUCUAAUAGUAGGAAAGAAAAAUUAUUCCAAGAAAAUGAAAGGGAAAGUUCUGCGAGGAUUGAAAUUUAGUGAAUACAAUCUGCGUAAUUUUUGUGCCGAGGAAGUUGUAUUGAUUCUUCUCUACUAUUUAGCAGGGAAAUGUGAUUUUUUAUCAUGUUUUCACUAAGUUACAUUGAAUUGCUCUCAUUUUCGCAUCUCUCUCAGCCCUAAUUUGGACAUCGGCCCAAUUCAUCGUGAUAAAGCAAAAGUACUCUACACUCAGAAAAAAAAUUGAGUUAUCAAUCAAAUCUUACUUGUAUCGACUAAAUCGUCUAUUAAAAAUGAUGGAAAAAUUAUUUCUUCAGUCAGACAGAAAAUUAAUUUGUAAAUUUAAAUAAUAAAAAUAUGACAGCAAUCUUAUGACUUGAGGACAAAAUACUAAAUGAUGAACUUGUCACAGUGAAAGGUAUUUUGAAAUUCAAAAAAGGCACCCCUUGAACCUUUCGUUAUAUUUCGUUCUUGUAAAGCAGAGCAACUAUUCAUGAUUGAGAUUUUCGAAUUUCAGCGGGACAUUGUUUUUCUUAAAUUUUCAACAAACGAUUCUGUUGGACCAAACAAGACUUGGUUGACAUCUUUUUCAUUUUUCUCUCAAUGUAGAGUAAUCGCGUGUCUUCAUUACGUUAUCUUCACAAUUAUGUAUACAUUUACAGUAAGUAAUGAUAAUAAUCAACGUCUAUUACUCUGCACAUAAAUAUUUGCUAACAGAGGAUUUGUUAUUUCGAUUUUAAAAAAUGAAUAGAUUCGUUUUUGAAACAUCAUGGGGACAUUUUGCCUUCAAAUUCAUCGAUUUUCGCUUCGUCGUCGUGUGAUAAACUCGAUAUGUUCACGCUAAAAAAAUGUUUUCGGAGAAAAAAUGAAGAUAAAUUGCUAGUAAAGUGGUAAAACGAUCUAGGAAGCUUUCAUUAAUAUUUUUUAUACCGCAUUCAAUACUUGAUAUUAUGCAAAUUGGUGUUAAUCUUCAAUUUCAUCAUUGAGAUAAUACAAAACUAAAAAAAAUUAUUUCGACGCCCGAGCAUUUGGGAAAACUACAAGAAAAAAACAUAACAGUGAUUAUAGAUUAUUCUUUUUUUUGCUACAAUUAAAAUUUUUAUCAUUUCCCAGCAGCUCUCCAACACAUUUCGCGCACCAAUUUCAUUCACACUCGUCUUUUCAAUGAAAUUCCCA